UUCCCUCCUCUCUCCCUCCCUCUCCCCUCGGACACAGACAAGGAGCCCUCAGUGUCCUGGUGAGAGGAGAGCAGGCGUGUCACCAGUAUAAAGACCAGACCAGCCCAGCGCCUCACACCACCACCGCACACGUCAACGACGAUUCUGCUUCAUACAAAUAUAAAAAUAUGGCGCGCUUGGGUCUGGGCUCCCCUCACAGGCUAUCUUCCUUCCUGCUGGUGGUAGGUGUGUGGGUGGGUGUAGGCGGUGUGUUGGUCCAGCAGGAGAGGUGGCCAAGUGUAAAUGAUCAUUCUGAGUCGUGGGAGGGGAGCGAGGCCCUUUAUCGUGACUCAUGGGAGACGUGUGAGACCCCCAUGUGUGACCAGGUUAACCAACAUGCACAAGGACUUGCCAACCUCAAGCUUAUGACGAACUACAUCACCAAGACCAUGAAGCUGAUGACGGAGUUGGUGACGAAGAUGGACCAGGUGCUGUUGGUGACAGGGAACAGUAUGACUGAUUUCAUUGGUCAAAAAUGCCCCAGUGCUCACCCUCUCCUGCAGCAGGUGAUGACGGUAACAGAAGUGGAUCACAUCGACAACACCAAGCUACGGGAGGUCUUGGAGCGCACCACCACCUCCAACAUCCUCACCAACGACAUAGAUAACUCGAGUGAGGUGAGUGACGACCUCCGGGAGAUUGAGUACAGGCCAGAGGUCCAGCAGUCCUCAAAUCUCUACCAAGACAACCUGCAAGCGGAAAGUCAGGAGUCUGCGGAAGACUUAGGAAAGUUGAGAGUUCACGAUAGCAGCACCAUCAGCAGCAACAGUAGGCUCGAGAAUGGUCAGUCAACGACCACCACAUUCAGCCAUCAGCUCAACCGUGGUCAGUCGACAAGCAGCACACUCGGCAUUCAUCAGAGGCCUGGGAAACCCUUUCCCAGCCAACACGGUCGUUACGUGGCCCCGACCAACCCCAGGGGACAGGGUGGUAUUAGACAUAACAACAGAGGCAUGGGGCAUAGCAGGGGUGGGGCAAGUCGAGGUCGUGAAAGCAUGGGACGAGACCAAGGUCUUACAAGAUUUGGUCCCGGGUCAAGAGGGCGUGGGUGUCGCAGCGUGCAGAGGGGGUCACCACACUGGGUGCCUGGGCUGGAUACGUGGUGUGCCAACAACUGUGCUGCAGGAAACUGUCCCUCCAACCAGUGUAUCUGUUCCUAACUUCACUGAACAGAGGCUAAUCUAACUUUACCUACCCCGAUUUAACUUAAUCUAACCUACCUUAACCGAACCUGCCUCAACCCACCUUAACCUAACUUAACCAAAUUGAAUCUAAUUUAACCAAACUUUACUCUAACCCAUCUUCAGUAAACCUAACAUGACAACCUAAUUCAGGAUUAUACUUUAUGAAUUGCUGUAUUGUUUUCAUCUUAUACACUUAAACUGUGACUAAUGAAGGCAUUAACUCAUCUCAAAAGUACCAGACUCUUACCCUAGCCCAAAGUGACACGUGUACCUGUAUUCUCGUAUCACUAACCACUAGACUACUCAUGGUAGACCCAAGUAAACCUUUAAUUUAUAUAUAUUAACUAAAAAUAAUCCCUUGUGUUUUAGGCUAUAACAGUGUACAGCAUAAAUUAUGAUGGUGGAUUUAUAAAGCUCCUCUGACCCACAAUGAUUGUUAUCAGGAUGCCACAGCUAAUUGUAGGGUGACUUUUAUAACAUAUUUGUAGCUAAACAUCUGAGCGACGCAAUGCUGAAAAUGCUUUUGUAAGUACCGACAAAGUCUUUAUCAGACAUUUUUGUAACUGAAUAUUUGACAGAAUGUCCAACACUAUCCCUACUGAAGAUGUUAUUCAGAAGAACAAUCUUUCGCACAUUUCUAAUUAAUAUAAGUUAAGGCAUCACUUUUACAAAAAUGUCCAUACCUAAGACUUACUAUGCCUGAUUCUACCUAAAACUGUAUCUGUAGUGAUAUUUCUAAAUAAAGCGUUAUUCUGAU